GAUUAAUGGUUAUUAGGGAAUUUUAUGACUUUUUGAUUAAAACGAAAAUUAAUCACGUAGCGCACCAAACAACAUCGAAACUACGAUCGAAACCAUUGAAAUUGAUGCAACAGACCAAACAUUAUGCGGUCACUUUGUAAUUCGGGAUAUUAUUAACAAAAAUCCACAAAAAAUAACUCGAUCUGGACUGAAUGCUGACAGAAUUAAGUAAAUACAAAAUACAAUGUACGUAUAUUACUAUUUUGUAAUUUUUUAAACCAAAUAUGCUUCAUUUAGUGCAUACAGAGCCAUCUAACAAUUAAAUCUAGUACCUAUCAAAACAUUCUAUGUUAAAUUCGUAUGUAACUCACAGAUGUCACUUACAAUUUAAAUCAUUCAUGUAUUAUCAUAAUUGUAUGUUUUCAUGGGUCGCGAUAAGUAAAAAGUACAUUUUUAUUGUUUGUACAAAAUAUUGAAUUACCACGUAUUUUUUCUUUUGUCAUGGAUUAUAUUUAAUCUUCAGACAAAAUAAAUUUAAUAGAAUGCAAACAAAAUAAACAAUAUUCAUAUUCUUGCAAACCAAUGAAAGUUGAACCUAAGACAUUGCGCAUUGUGUUAUCGUGCGAUCGCUGAGACAACGUUGCAAAUAUUAUCAGACACCCGACCUCAAGUUAAGUCCAGUCUUCUAGUUCCAGUUUAUUCAUUUUUACGACGGAAGAAACACACCGCACCGAUCGCACAUUCAACCCGAAGUGAUAGCAAUGUGUUCAUGUGCUCAAUUUUUGUUGAAUAGCUUAUUAUUUAGGUGAUAAAAGUGUCACAGGCGUAAUUUAAAACCACGCAAGUGUUAACCAAAAUGUCUACCUGUGAUAAUAUAUUUAUUAUUUGUGCAAUGAUAACGCUAAUAUUUGUAAACAACAAUGUUUGCUGUGCGUCUUUAGAUUUACCACCAAACGAUCAGUUAAUGAUCCAAAUUUUGGAGACGACGUGCAACUUGAAAUGUUUGAAUAACAAUACCACGUCAACUGAUUGUGUAUGUGAUUCGGAAUUGGAAGAAUCUUUUUCGUUCAUAAAUGUGACACUGGAUUUUGUUUGCAGAGAAGCAAAUAAAGUGGUGUUAAAAGUUUGCAACGAAAAAGUCGAGGAAAAUGUAUAUUUUUUAGAAGCACAGAAAUCAAAUGAGAUUUCAUGGCAUUAUGUAGCACGAGUUAAUACAAAUUCCUCUUUUUUGAUCGCUGAUAAUCUACAAGAGAACCAAAAAUAUAAAUUUCGUGUGUGGGUAAUAUCAACGAACGGAACAGUUUAUAAUCCGAUUGAGACAAAAUACAUUACGACGAAGGGGUUAAAAGAUCGCCCAUUGCCAAUAGCAUCCCUAGAUUUGCUUCGCUUUGAAUAUGACACCGACUCGAGUGACUAUAAGGCCAUUCUUACAUGGUCUCCAUCUGCAGACAAAUCUUGUCAGCAUGAGUUUGUCUGGUUCGGCGGUGACGAUAUAUCGGAUUAUAUCCAAGUGGAACUGGAAGUUCCCAACAACUUUACGAUAAUAAUAGAUAAAUUGUUAUUUAAUAGCAACUAUUCCGUUGCAAUAAUGACGAAGAGCACGGAUUGGUCCAUGGAGAGUGAAAAAAUCUGGUGUUAUUUUAGAACACCCCGUUGUUUGGAUGUUUUGAAAUCUUUACAAUUUUGCUCUCCCGAUAUGCCAACUGGUGUAGAUACAAAGGAGGAAUUAGUUUCUGUCGAAAAGGACAAACAAAUAUAUGACAUUAGCGUAUCCUGGAAUCGACCAUUUUUAAUUCCUGACGCCUAUUCUAUUCAUUUGAAUACUUUCCAGGAUAUUCAAAACAAAGAUGCCAAUUUAAUUAAUGUUACGGGGAAUGCAACAAACGUAAUCUUCAAGAAUGUGCAAUUAAAUUUACAUUAUCAAAUUACAAUCUUUGCAUAUUCGAAUGCUGGAAGAAGUGACCCUGCUGAAUUUUACAAGGAAGUCCAUACAAUAAACGUUCUUGCACCUACUUCACACAUUAGUAACAAUGUGUUUCUCAUUAUUAUACUGCCAUUUACGUUGAUACUUUGUGUAGUGUCAUUACUCUUAUUUGGAUAUAACAAACGGGAGCAGGUCAUAAAGCGUCAGCGAUACUUUGAAGAGUUAGAAUUGAAAUCAAAUUAUCUGGACACGCCCCUCCAGGAUGAUGAUGAUAGCGAAAAAAUUGACGAAUGGGAAAUUCACCCAUCUUGUUUGACUCUGCACAGUAUUUUGGGCCAAGGUGCAUUUGGUGUCGUACGUAAGGGUACGUUACAAGGAGGAGGUAACAAAAUUGCAGUUGCUGUGAAAAUGCUGCAGGAGGAUCACAAAGAUACAGAUAUUCGUGAUUUUAAACAGGAAAUCGAAAUAAUGAAGUCUGUUGGUAGUCAUCAGCAUAUUGUUUCGUUGAUUGGUUGUUGUUCAAAGGUUCAAUCCGAUGAUUUGCGCUUAAUUGUUGAAUAUUGCGCUAGGGGUGAUUUGCUAACUUAUCUGCGUACGGCUUGGAACGAAAUUACACAUCAAUGCACUAGUGUUCAGUAUGAAAAUGUAAAAACCACCGAUACGAUUAACGUUGAGAAUAAAUUGUAUUUACUUGGUGUAACUGAAACAUGGAACAUGCAAAUCAAAGACUUAAUAUCCAUCGGACUACAAGUUGCAAUGGGAAUGGAAUAUUUGGCUAGCUUACAUGUUUUGCAUCGGGAUUUAGCCGCACGUAAUGUUUUGGUAUGUGAAAACCGAACAAUCAAAGUAUCUGACUUUGGACUAAGCAGGGACGUGUAUCGUGACAACGUUUAUUACAAAACAAGUUCCGGCAAACUUCCUAUUCGCUGGCUGGCGCUGGAAUCCCUGACGCAUCAAGUGUACACCACGCACAGCGACGUGUGGUCGUAUGGUAUUCUCCUCUGGGAGAUUAUCACUUUAGGAGGAAACCCUUAUCCUGGAGUUCAAACUCAUGAACUUCUAGACUUACUUUUGAAGGGCUACAGAAUGAGCUGCCCAUCAAAUUGUUCUCCAGAAAUAUAUGCAAUUUUAAGGAGUUGUUGGAAUAGUAAUUACAAAGAACGACCCAAUUUUACAGAAAUUCGACAAAUGUUAGAAAAUAUUUUGGAGCGUAAGUCAGAAUAUUUGAACUUGAAUUUGACCAGCAGUUUUGGUUCUUUGGACGAACUUAAAGUUGCGGAUGUGGAGAGCAAAGUGGUUUCCUCAGAACGAUAUGUUAAAGCAUUUGCUUCUUAACGGUCCAAUAUUGUAUUUAAAAAACUCUGUCCAUGUUAUUUUUUUAAAUAUUUUAUAAAUGAUAAGUAGAUGAAUGGUUACUUUAAAUAUCA